AGAGACAGGGCACGAGCAUGGGAGAGGCAGAGAGAGGGAGACACAGAAUCUGAAGCAGACUCCAGGCUCUGAGCUGUUAGCACAGAACCCGAUGUGGGGCUCAAACUCACAAACCACGAGAUCAUGACCUGAGCCAAAACCAGUCGCUCAACUGACUGAGCUUCCCAGGUGCCCCAAAUUGUUUUUAGUUUUUGAGGAAGGCCCUGUUGGGGUGGAGGGAGGCAUUCCAGGUUGGGGUGACAGGCUAGGUGGCAAGCCAGCCCUUGAUGUGCCUGGGACUGGCUUCACCAACCCAAACUUGCCGUGCACUUCUGAGCAAGGUGCAGCUCCUCUGGGAACUCUUGGGUCCUAAUCUGUAAAAUGGGAGGAUGUGAAUUAUAUUAGCAGUUUUAAAGCCCCCUCCCCCCCCCCCCACUUUUUCCUGUGGAAUCUCUUUUUUCCAAGCAAACCCUAUGCAAGAGCCCAACACAAAGGAACACAAAACUUUGGCUUGAGGUGGGAUGGGGAUCUUGUAUGGGUCCCCUUGCAUUACUCUACCCAUGCUUCACCUUCCCCCGGGUGGCCUUGAAGGGUCUCUGGAAGAUGGUUUGGGGAAAACCAGAGCUCUCUGAAGACUGGUCCACAUUGAGAUUAUAUGCUGAGGUGGGGGAGCUACGGCAGGUUGUGACCGGAUCACUGAAUGAGAUCCGUGUUGCAUGAAGACUACUCCACUGGUGAGCAGGAGGAUUUGGGAAGAGGAGACAAGCUGGUUAAGGGGCAGUUUCCUUAUUGGGUGUGGGCAAGGAGAAGCAGAGGUCACUGGCCUCACUCAGCUGGUCUGCUGUCUUCCUGCACCAGUGAGGCUGGGCUGCGUGUGGUUGGAGUAGAAACAGGGGAUCCAAGAGAUGUCCCAAAAUAGAAUUUCAAGAAAAAAUGAGAAGUUGCAUGGGGGGCAUCAGGAGCAGAGAUGGGGUGGUGGGCCCGGAGUACAGCGACGACGAGCUCCGUCUGCAACGGGUAAAGUUUGAAAUGCUGGCAGGACCUUUGAGUGGGCAGAAGUGGGGGCAGGGGACAAGGGCGUGGGAAAUCCGAGAUGGGAGGUGAGGAACAGGAAGUGGCUCAAGGGUAGGGGAAGUGCUGUGGGAUGACCAGAUGAGGUGAGAGUUGGGCUGCCCCAGCAGGCUAAGGCUAAGGCGCAGUGAAAGUGUUAGCAGAAACCCUUCAAACUGACUUACAGGGGAGAAGGGGGCUGGCUGGCUGGCUGGGACCCAAGUGUUGGUGGGGGCAUUUCUCCUCCUUGUAAACGUUAGGCCUACUUCCCCUCUCUCUGACCUAGCAGGUGCAGGCCUCCCCAGGUCUGGGAUAGAAUGGGGGUGGAAGGGUGACAGCCAGACCAGAGAAGUCUCCGGUGGCUGCAGCGUGGUCUGUGUCCAGAUACAGCCCUGGCAGUCCCUUCCUGCUCGGUGGGGCAGGUCAGAGCUGCUCUCUCCACAGGUGCUGGAGGUGAGGUGGGAGUCAUGGACAGGGGAGGUCGUGGAAAAAUCCCCUAGAGAUGCUAUCAGAGGUCCCGGGUUCCACCCCAGUGUGUCACCACCUCGCCGUGUGACCUUGAGCAAGUGCCAUUAUUUCUCUGAGCUUGUUUAUUUAUAAAAUGGGGAAGAGUCGCCACAAAUUUGACAAGAUUUCUCAGGCUCCACCCGGUUCUGAAAUUCGGUAAUUUCCCAACUAUAGUGCACCCACUCUGCAAGGGACUGGGAAGGGGACUGGUGAGAAAUCAAGUUCAGCGUGUGGAGCGGAGCCUAUCAGCCCAUUUUGGGCCUGGCGAACCCUUGCCCUUGGAAGAGAUGCCCUGUAUCCAAGCCCAAUAUGGGACACCAGCACCGAGCCCAGGAUCCCGUGACCAUCUGGCAAGCGACCCCCUGACCCCCGAGCUCAGCAAGCCCACCAUGGACCUGGCCAGCCCUGAGGCAGCCCCCACUGCCCCCACUGCCCUGCCUAGCUUCAGCACCUUCAUGGAUGGCUACACAGGAGAGUUUGACACCUUCCUCUACCAGCUGCCGGGAACAGCCCAGCCAUGUUCCUCGGCCUCCUCUUCGGCCUCCUCCACAUCCUCAUCCUCGGCCACCUCCCCUGCCUCUGCUUCUUUCAAGUUUGAGGACUUCCAGGUGUACGGCUGCUAUCCUGGCCCGUUGAGCGCCCCCCUGGAUGAGACCCUGUCCUCCAGUGGCUCCGACUACUAUGGCAGCCCCUGCUCAGCACCGUCACCGUCCACGCCCAGCUUCCAGCCGCCCCAGCUGUCUCCCUGGGAUGGCUCAUUCGGCCCCUUCUCACCCAGCCAGACGUAUGAAGGCCUGCGGGCAUGGACAGAGCAGCUGCCCAAGGCUUCUGGGCACCCCCAGCCACCGGCCUUCUUUUCCUUCAGCCCCCCCGCCGGCCCCAGCCCCAGCCUUGUCCAAAGCCCCUUGAAGCUAUUCCCCACACAGGCCCCCUGCCAGCUGGGGGAGAGAGAGAGUUAUUCCAUGUCGGCGGCUUUCCCAGGCCUGGCGCCCACUUCUCCACACCUGGAUGGCCCAGGGAUGCUGGAUGUACCUGUGCCCUCUGCCAAGGCCCGGAGCGGGGCUCCAGGUGGAAGCGAGGGCCGCUGUGCCGUGUGUGGGGACAAUGCUUCGUGCCAGCAUUAUGGUGUCCGCACCUGCGAGGGCUGCAAGGGCUUCUUCAAGCGCACAGUGCAGAAAAACGCCAAGUACAUCUGCCUGGCUAACAAGGACUGCCCUGUGGACAAGAGGCGGCGAAACCGCUGCCAGUUCUGCCGCUUCCAGAAGUGCCUGGCCGUAGGCAUGGUGAAGGAAGUUGUCCGGACAGACAGCCUGAAGGGACGGCGGGGGCGGCUCCCUUCAAAGCCCAAGCAGCCCCCAGAUGCCUCUCCUGCCAAUCUCCUCACCUCCCUGGUCAGGGCGCACCUGGACUCGGGGCCCAGCACGGCCAAACUGGAUUACUCCAAGUUCCAGGAGCUGGUGCUGCCCCACUUUGGGAAGGAGGAUGCUGGGGACGUGCAGCAGUUCUAUGACCUGCUUUCGAGUUCCCUGGAGGUUAUCCGCAAGUGGGCUGAGAAGAUCCCCGGCUUUGCUGAGCUGUCCCCGGGCGACCAGGACCUGCUGCUGGAGUCAGCCUUCCUGGAACUCUUCAUCCUCCGCCUGGCCUACCGGUCCAAGCCUGCCGAGGGGAAACUCAUCUUCUGCUCAGGCCUGGUGCUGCACCGGCUCCAGUGCGCCCCUGGCUUUGGCGACUGGAUCGACAGUAUCCUGGCCUUCUCUCGGUCCCUGCACGGCUUGGUGGUCGACGUCCCUGCCUUCGCCUGCCUCUCUGCACUCGUCCUCAUCACGGACCGGCACGGGCUGCAGGAGCCCCGGCGGGUGGAGGAACUUCAGAACCGCAUUGCCAGCUGCCUGAAGGAGCACGUCUCGGCCGUGGCGGGCGAGCCCCAGCCAGCCAGCUGCCUGUCACGCCUGCUGGGCAAGCUGCCCGAGCUUCGGACCCUGUGCACCCAGGGCCUGCAACGCAUCUUCUACCUCAAGCUGGAGGACCUGGUGCCCCCUCCACCUAUCGUCGACAAGAUCUUUAUGGACACGCUGCCCUUCUGACCCCAGCCCAGGAACACGCGUGCACCGUGUGUGCGCCCUCCUACACCACCCCACGUGCCUUUAGCCCACGGACCCUCGGAGCACCCCCACCCUGGCCUGGCCUUGAGCUGCAGACUGGCCGGCCUCCCCACUCGCUCUGGGUGGUUGGCAGGGAGCUGAUGCCCUGGGGGAGGGGGAUGCACUCACGGGGGUGACCCCUACUAUUUGUCUUACCCCCUAGCCCAGCCCCGGCCUUCAUGUUUUUGUAAGAUAAACCGUUUUUAACACACACCGCUGUGCUGUAAAUAAGCCGAAUGCUGCUGUAAAUACAGGAAGGAAGAGGCUGCGUUGGGAGAGGGGGUUCGGGAGGGAGCGGUGGCCCCCACCAGCCUGGGCGAGCCCUUUCCUGCCUCCUUGCACCUGCUCUCUCUCCUCGCCCUCUUUUCCACAUGUACAGAAACUUACUCUAGGAAGAAGACAAAUGACAGAUUCUGACAUUUAUAUUUGUGUAUUUUCCUGGAUUUAUAGUAUGUGACUUUUCUGAUUAAUAUAUUUAAUAUAUUGAAUAAAAAAUAGACAUGUAGCUGAAA